CAAAGAUAUCCAUCGUCGUCGCCUCUCCAACAACGCACCUCUGCCCACCAUGGACGUGUUAAAAGCAGUCCAGACCUAUGUGCUCAAGAUGAUCACAGAGGUGCCGGGCAUGAAGGUGCUGCUGCUCGACGCACACACGACGCCAAUCGUGUCGCUCGUCACGACGCAGUCUGAACUGCUAUCGCAUGAGGUGUACCUGACCGACAGGAUAGACAACGCGUCAAGAGAAGCGCUGUCGCACCUCAACUGCAUCGCCUUCUUGGCGCCGACCGACAGGUCGGUCGAGCUCAUAAAGCAGGAGCUCGCAAAGCCAAGAUACGGCGGCUACUGGCUGUUCUUCUCCAAUGUGCUGCAGAAGAGCCAGAUCGAGGAGAUGGCCACGGUGGACGAGUUCGAGGUCGUCAAGGAGGUGCAGGAGUUCUUCGCCGACUACCUCGCGCAGAACCCAUCACUCUUCACACUCACGCAGGACGCGCUGGCAGACGGCGGUGCCGGGCCGCCCAACCCACCGCUGUACCUCCCUCCGCCGGACGACAUCCCGCCGCCCGUGCUCGACAACCACGCGCGCGCGAUCCUCUCGGUCCUCCUCAGCCUGAAGAAGCGCCCCGUGAUCCGGUGGGAGCGCAUGAGCGCGGCAGGGUACCGCCUCGCGCAGGACGUGCACGGCGCGCUCAACCACGCGCCAUAUCGCGACCUGUUCGAGUUCAGGUCCACUGCCGGACCGACCCCGCUCCUCCUGAUCCUCGACCGCCGCAACGACCCCGUCACCCCGCUGCUGUCGCAGUGGACCUAUGAGGCCAUGGUGCACGAGCUGCUGGGUAUCAGUAACGGCCGCGUCCACAUCCCCAGCGAGGAGCGGCGAGAGCUGAGGGAUCUCGUGCUCAACGCGUCGUCGGACCCGUUCUUCGCCGACAACCUCUACGCCAACUUUGGUGACCUCGGUGCCAACCUCUCGCAGUAUGUCACCGACUACUCGUCCAAGAGCUCGACGAUCGGCAACGUGUCGUCGUCGCGCAUCGAGACGGUCGCGGACAUGAAGCGGUUCGUCGAGGAGUACCCCGAGUUCCGCAAGCUGGGAGGCAACGUGUCCAAGCACGUCACGCUUGUCGGCGAGCUGAGCCGCAUUGUCGAGCGGGACGACCUGCUCGCCGUCUCCGAGGUCGAGCAGAGUCUGGCGUCACAGGAAAGCCACCAGGCCGACCUGCGCUCCGUCAUGACGCUCAUCGCCUCGCCCAAGGUGCCAGCAGCGAACAAGCUGCGCCUCGCCAUCCUCUACGCGCUGCGAUACCAGAAGUUCUACGGCAACCAGAUCACUGGCGUCGUCGACGCGCUGAUCAAGAACAAUGUCGGCGCGGACCGCGCGCGGCUCGUCUACGUCAUGCUCAACUUUGCCGGCGCCGACGUGAGACAGGACGACCUGUUCAUGAACGAAAACUUCUUCUCGCGCGGCAAGACGGCCCUCAAGGGGCUCAAGGGCGUCGAGAACGUGUACACGCAGCACACGCCGCACCUGCUCGAGACGCUCGACCUCCUCCUCAAAGGCAGGCUCAAGGAGACAUCCUACCCCUUUAUCGACGGCGACGAGGCCGCGCGCGCCCAGCGCCCGCAAGACAUCAUCGUCUUCAUGCUCGGCGGCACGACGUAUGAGGAGAGCUCGGCUGUCGCGCUCCUGAACCAGCGCCUGGCGAGCGACGCGGCCGGCGGGCCAGGCGGCACCCGUAUCCUGCUGGGCGGGAGCACGAUCCACAACUCGGCCUCCUUCCUCGAGACGGUGAGCAAGGCGGCCGAGACGUGGCCCGAGUCGGUCUAUCAGCCGCCCGCGAGCCUCCCUGCCGGCUCGUCGGCCGCCAUACCGGCGCCUGCACUUCCAGCCGGGCCAAGCCUCAACCUCCGCGCGGGCGGGUACGAGCUCAGCGUCGGUGGUGCAGGCGGAUCGGGACUCUACCGCGCUGGCACCGGCGAGGUCGGGGGUAAUCUCUCGCUUGGGAGCGGUGCCCUGGGCCAGGUCGGUGAGGGCCUGCGUGAUGGCGCGGGUAGGCUGUGGGGCAAUGUCCGCCAGAGGAUGGAGGAGCGCGCGUCGAGGUCGAGCACGCCUCCGCGGUAGGCCGAGUUGUCAUGUCAAUUUAGAUGUUCUAAUGCCAGGUGGCUAUGCUAUUGUGAUGCUUACAUGGACGAGA